AUGGCUCUGCUUCGACUUCUGGUAUUCUGCACCCUGGCUGCAUGCUGCGUGGCUCACUCUCCUCCCCAGACACCCCUCCCCUCCUUUCAGCUUCCCCGGAGCUGUAACGAUUCUGAAGUGCUGGCAGUUGCAGGCUUCGCCCUGCAGAGCAUCAACCAAGACCGAAAGGAUGGCUACGUGUUGAGCCUCUCCCGAGUGCACGAUGCUUGGGACCACUUCCAGGAGGACAUGGGAUCUGUGUUCUACCUCACACUGGAUGUCUUGGAGACUGACUGCCACGUGCUGAGCAAGAAGGCACAGAAGGACUGCAAUCCGAGGGCUUUGCACAAGUCUGUUUAUGGUCAAUGCAAAGCACUAUUUCACAUUAACAAGCCAAGAAGAGUUCUCUAUUUACUUGCUUAUAACUGUACUCUUCGCCCAGUUUCUCAAAGAAAGAUUCAUUUCAUGUGCCCUGACUGCCCGGGCCCUGUUGACUUGUCGGACCCCAGAGUUCUAGAAGCUGCCACGGAGUCGCUUGCCAAGUUCAACAGCGAGAGUCCCUCAAAGCAGUACUCACUCGUCAAAGUCAUCAGGGCUACUAGCCAGUGGGUGAAUGGCCCUUCUUACUUUGUGGAUUAUUUGAUCAAAGAGUCAUCAUGUACCAAAUCCGAGGCCAGCUGUUCCCUCCAGUCCUCUGACUCUGAGCCUGUCGGUCUUUGCCACGGUUCCCUGAUGCAAGGACCCUUAGAAAAGUCUGUGUCUGUGACGUGUGAGUUUUUCGAAUCUCAGGCUCAGGUCCCUGGAAGUGAGAAUACUGCUGUUACCCAGGAGUCCAAGAAACAGCCCUCCAUGGAGGACGAGGCCGCUCAGAAGAACAAAGCUUCCGUCAACUCUCCCUCCGUAACUGCGCCAAAGGGAUCUGUCCAGCACCUCCCUGACCUGGAUGCUGGGAAGCCGGAAGCCUCCAAGGAAAAGAGUCCUGAGGAAGCCUUCCCUGUGCAGCUCGAUCUAACCACGGAUCCCCAGGGGGAGAAGCUGGAUGUUUCCUUCCUCUACCUGGGGCCUGAGGAAAAGAAGCUGGUGGUUUUUCCUUUCCCUGGGAAGGAAAGUCGCUCCCCUGAGUGCCCAGGGCCCGCAGGGGAGACCAACCCUCUGAUCCUCCCGCCCUGA